CCUAAUGAGCUAUAGAUUGUAACAUCCUUGUGUAUGACAUGGCUGACAAAUCUCUUAUGUGAAUCUCGUACUCUUAGAUGUGGUGGGCCAUUUGAACGCGCUUGCAGUCAUCACAGACGUCAGUCCAUUGACAACCGAUCGCCUUUUGACAGCCUUGCCUGACCUGCGCGACUGGAAUCAGUUAAACCAAUUUAGCCAGUACUGCUCCGCUUUAUAUGAGGAUGUUAGCGGAGAGAUCUUUGAAUCCCAACCAUUUGACACCUUAUUCCCAGACCUUGAUCAAAAGCAGAACCCUGCUACAUUAAAUACAGAUUAUACUGGCGUUAAUGGGUUCCAGGUCUAUGGUACCGCACCUGUUAAUCCUGGAUUCGUAACCUCGACUAGUUCGCAGAAUGAUUCUAUAUAUAAGGAAAUACUUCCGGAAGAUCCAUUCGUCUCCACCACCCUUACUGCACCUUCGAUGACAUUUGGAACAGACAAGUUGCCUUGGGAGGUGACAGAUACUCCCGUCCGAUUACCAGGAGUAGUUACUUCACUACCUGUCAAGAAUGUGGUUCAGCAACAAAUCAAUCCUUUCAAUCAUCAGUAUGUAUCGAUGAACAAUCUCAUGAACAGUCGCCCAAGCCCAGAGAUCAAGAAAGAGAUCAAAGAGGAGUUCAUUGAACCUAAAAUAGGCGCCAAGGUUGAAAGAACUUACGCAGAUAUGAGUACUCAAACUAAGGCGAAGCAGGAAAAAUACGCGUCUGAGGGCGGUAUGAUGAUGAUGCAGCGUCCAGCAACUGAGAAAAAGAAGUCAAAGCCGGCAUACAAAGAUAUGGAUCCUGAACUUCUCAUGAUGUCUGCACCGGCAGUUCCAACUUCACCAAUGCCAACGCUUGAUGUUGAGGAGGCCUCGGCCGAGGGGCUUGAAGAGGAUCGAGAGCAAACUGCGGACGAGGAGAGUGCCCAGGAACAGAGCGAAGUCAAUUCGACUGUACAGCAAGCUCCAUCCACUAGAUUCGGCAGCUACGUCCAAAGGGCGCGCGCGAAACAGGCUGCGGCAGCCGCAGCUGCAGCUGCCGCAGUUACUAGUGUGUCAACAGAGCCAUUGGACCCACUAGAGGCUAUGACACGUCAGCUGGCCGAGAUCCAUUUGGAUAAAUCAUCUAGCAAGCUUGCAACAGCCAAGUCUGUGGCGGAUAGUGAUGAAGAGAGGAUGAAGAAGGCAGCUAAGGCUCGUGAAAUGUGCGCACAAAAUCCAGAGCGCAAGCAACAUGCAGACGUUUUGUUUACUCUGCUUAAGAGUGUUCAUGAAAUGAACCGAAUUUUAGCUGAAUACAGUUCAACACAGGCAAGGCAUGCUCAGGCCGGAGGUGCUGUCCCCCGACAUACCACUGCAGGUUCUGUCUACCCCAGAUCUUCAGGUGUAUAUGCCCAGAAUCAAGGACAAAUUCGGACCGUAUCAUCUUAUCUCAACCGUCGAUCACCUUAUCAGCCCUCAUCUUUACAGCAGGAGCAUCGACCGACAGAUCCAGAUUACAGCCAGUUGCGGUCUAGUUUGGCAGGAGAUAGCGGUUCAGAAAUAUCUACUGUCACUCCUACCGCAGAUGAAACCCUUGUAGCAUCAGAUUCACCAGUGCUCUAUCCAACGACGGAUCUGCACAGGACAGAAGAAGUGCCGUUUGAAUUGUCAGAGGAAGAAAGACGGAUCAUUGAAGAAGACAAUGCCAGGAUUGCCGCAGCAAAAGCAGCAGCAGAGGCAACAGGGACACAAUAUACUCCUGUAUAAAUCUUAUACUGAGCAUCAUUUGUUUUUAUUGUUCAUAUUUAUUUUUUGUAUACACUACAUUCAUGAAAUAAAAAAAAAGUCCUUUGAGCUGUAGUUACGUAA